UCAGGUCAAUCAAAACGAAGAAAAGUGGUGAGAAAGUAUGAUUCCAAGUACUUAGAAAUGGGAUUUACAUGGAAUGGAGAUGAAGAAGAUCCACGACCACGAUGUAUUAUUUGUUGUGAUCAACUUGCAAACGAGAGCAUGCACCCAAACAAAUUGCGUCGCCAUAUUGAGACAAAGCAUCCCGAGUUGAAAGACAAACCCCUCAAAAUUUUUGAAAGGAUGCUAAGCAAUUUGAAAACAGAACAGAGCGUUAUGCAACGUUACACCAAAGUUAAUGAAAAAUCUUUGUAUGUGUCCUACCUGAUCAGUUUGAAAAUCACAAAAGCUGGUAAACCACAUACAAUUGGAGAGACUUUAGUUCUACCAGCUAUAAAAGAUACAGUUAAAGUUGUCUUUGGUGAUAAGAGUGAACAAGAAAUUGAAACAAUUCCUAUUUCUAAUAACACAGUCACGCUUAAGAUUGAUGAAAUGUCUCGAUGGAUAGAAAAUCAGCUAAUUCAAAGAGUUCGUGAAAGUACAAUUUUCUCCUUACAACUAGAUGGAUCUACUGAUGUACAAGGUCUGUGCCAGCUACUUGUUUUUGUGCGUUAUAUAUGGAACUCCGAACCUCAUGAAGAUAUGUUGUGCUGUGAACCAGUCAGUCGAAGUACUAGCGAUGAUAUUUUUAAGACUGUUGAUACUUAUGUCAAAACAAAAGGUCUUGAUUGGAAUAAAUGUGUCGGAAUAUGUACGGACGGCGCACAGGCUAUGUGUGGUAAAAACAGUGGUCUGGUGACCAGAAUACUUGAACUUAAUCCAAACGCAUCAUGGACUCACUGCAACCUUCACAGAGCAGUGUUAGUAUCAAAAUGUAUAUCUGAUGAUUUUAAAAGUGUUUUGAACACUUCCAUUAAAAUAGUGAACUUAAUAAAGUCAAAGCCAUUGCAAUCGUGCUUAUUUGAGAAGUUGUGCGAAGAAAUGGGAAGCAAUCAUAAAUCACUUCUUCUGCACACAGAAGUACGUUGGCUCUCGAGGGGUAAAGUGUUAACAAGACUUACAGAACUCCGUGAAGAAGUUGCUAUAUUUCUGGAAGGUAAAAGCGAUUUUGCGAGAUAUUUGCGCAACGAGGAAUUUGUUCUGAGGCUCACGUAUUUGGCAGAUAUUUUUUCAAAACUAAACGAACUGAAUUUGUACUUGCAAGGAGCAGAAGGUAUCAGUAUAUUCGCAGUUCAUGAGAAAAUUCGAG